AUUAACUUUAUUUUUAAUAUCAUGUACUUACUUUACAUUAUUUUAAUAUUAGUGAAAAGUCAACCCAGAGCAGAACCGACAAAAAAAAUCAAUGACUAUUUCAAGUAUCCUCAGUCACCACAAGGAAAUCCCCUUGGUUCUCCUAUUCCUGCUUCCAUCAACAGUGGUUUAGAAUAUAGUCUUAUUGCACCAUUACAGCGACCCAUGGUUCAAGUUACAAGUCGGCAAAUUCAAACCGACUUAACUAUAAAUAAAAUCAAAGAGUUAGAAAAUAAGUCAGCAUUGGAUUUAGAAAUGAGAGAUAAUAGAAUAGACGAGUUACAAAGGGCCAGUGAAGAAUUAAAACGUCAGAUUCAAGCUCAACAAAAAUUAAUAGAAAAGCAAAAAGAACAACUAGCUAAGUGUUUAGAUGUUACUAAACAACUUUUAAUUGAAAAGUCAAUGAUGGAAAAAAAAGCAGCGAGACAAAAAUGUAUGCAAAAUCGGCUAAGGUUAGGUCAAUUCAUAACACAACGGCAGGGAGCUUCUUUUGUGGAAAAUUGGGUUGAUGGCUAUGCAUUCACGGAGUUAAUUAAAAAACAAGAACAGAUUGCAUCAGAAAGAGAAGAAAUAGAAAGGCAACGAAAGCUGCUAUGCAAAAAGAAACCAAGUGCUGGUACGCAAAAGGGUAGAGGAAAUAAUGGUAGUGCAACCUCUUUGGGAUUAACCAAUGGUGAUUUUGCUAAACCAGAUCCUCCAAAAGAGAGUUGUUUUCUUUUAAGAUUAAGCUGGCUAGAAUAUUAUGAGCAGGAAGAAAUAUUAAAAUUAAGACAAGCUUCCUUAAAGAAAGAGGAUACUGAUUUACAGAUAGAACUUGAAAAGCUAGAAAGAGAACGAAAUCUUCACAUUCGUGAGCUUAAAAGAAUUCAUAACGAAGAUCAAUCUCGAUUUAAUAAUCAUUUAGUAUUGAAUGAAAGGUAUCUUUUGUUAACAUUAUUAGGAAAGGGAGGCUUUAGUGAAGUUCAUAAGGCAUUUGAUCUUAAAGAACAACGUUAUGUUGCUUGUAAAAUUCAUCAACUUAAUAAAGAUUGGAAAGAUGAUAAAAAAGCCAAUUAUAUAAAACAUGCAUUAAGGGAAUACAAUAUACAUAAAUCUUUGGAUCAUCCUAGAGUUGUUAAAUUGUUCGAUGUGUUUGAAAUAGAUGCUAAUUCUUUUUGUACAGUAUUGGAAUAUUGUGAUGGGCAUGACCUAGAUUUCUACCUCAAGCAACAUAAAUGCAUUCCUGAAAGAGAAGCUAGGUGUAUCAUCAUGCAGGUUGUACAUGCAUUAAAAUAUUUGAAUGAAAUUAAACCACCCAUUAUUCAUUAUGAUCUCAAACCAGGAAACAUUCUUUUAGGAAGUGGUAGUCUCAGUGGGGAAAUCAAAAUAACAGAUUUUGGACUCAGUAAAAUAAUGGAUGAUGAUAAUUAUAGUCCAGAUUGUGGCAUGGACCUCACUUCACAAGGUGCUGGAACAUAUUGGUAUCUUCCUCCUGAAUGUUUUGUUGUUGGAAAAACUCCUCCAAAAAUUUCAUCUAAAGUGGAUGUUUGGAGUGUAGGAGUAAUUUUUUAUCAAUGCCUCUAUGGAAAAAAGCCUUUUGGCCAUAACCAGUCUCAGGCUACAAUUUUAGAAGAAAAUACUAUAUUGAAAGCAACGGAUGUAGAAUUUCCACCUAAACCUGCUGUCAGUGGUGAGGCAAAACAAUUCAUCCGUCGCUGUCUGCAGUACCGCAAAGAAGAUCGAAUCGACGUCUUCUCGUUGGCAAGCGAGGAGUAUCUGAAACCAAACUAUCCUAAACACAGUCGCCAGUCGAGCACGUCGGAAAAGUCGUAGCCUUUAGUCAUCGUUACCAGUAAAAAGGAAAUAAGCGGCGGGCGGGUGCCGGAGGAACGCCCGUCUCGUUCCCUAUCACGUCUACGUCAGUUGUUUCCGAAUAUAAACAAUACCUACCGGACCCGGAAGAGUGUAUUUUGUCUUUCGUCGUCGAAGAAACGGCGCCGAGCGCGCGCCCGGUCCCGGACCCCGGGCGGAAGGCGCGUGAUCGUCGUCCCUCCGCCAACGUCGAGCCACGCUUUCUUCGGCUGCGUCGUCGGCCCAGUGUGUACAUUUUCCCGGGACGACCGGCGGUUCCCCGCCGAAAGGAAGCGGCGCCCUCCGCCGACGAACGUUAAAAAAAGGGCCGAAUGGGGACGUAUUUAUACUCGACGAAGUACGCCACAUAUCUUCUUUCUUGGUAGCCCGUGCCCACCGGGACCUCGUCUCUUCUUUUAUUUGGUUUUUUAGCGGAGCGGAAAGGACGGACGCGCGUAAGUAGCCACCCACAUUUACCGGACUUUGCUGUUACCGGGUCUGACGACGGGGAGAGGCCGAACGGACCGCGCGAUAACGACGGGUGCGUCUGCAUCGGUCGAAGCUUCCUCCCUAUUUUCCAUAGUUAAUGUAAUAUAGUUCCACGAUGUACGUAAUCACUAUCGCUGUUAGUAGGCUUGCAACAGUGACCGACCGGCGCACGCGCCAAAUACUUCUGUCUGCGGCAAUCGAGUAAAAAAAAAAAAAGGCUACGAUACGAGCCUGUGUCUUGUUAGUAAAGCUGAAAUUCUUUCACAAAA